AUGGAUUUUGUCGAUGCGUUCGCCGAUGCUCCUGAGGAGCACAUCCACCUUCCAUCCGACGCUGGUGAGCUCCUCGAUGGUGAGGCCGGCGAGGCCCGGGAGGGCGCCGAGCAUGGCCCUGUGCAGGAGGACCUUGAUCUCGCGGUCGCGGCACUCGCGGCGGGACUUGUCGACCUGGUCGCGGAGCUUGUCGAUGCGCUGGGUGAGGAAGCCCGCCUGGUUCAUCUUGUUCUUGCACUGGCCCAGCUCCGGCAUGCUCCGGAACCGGGUGAGGAUGGCGGCCGCCUUGGCGUGGGAGGGGAAGACCUCCGGCACCGGCUCGCCCUCGCCGUAGACGAGCACGCAGGUCUUGACGUCACAGAGGAUGGCCAGCUCGCCCGCCUUCUUCAUCAGGCCCCUGAGGCGCUUCUUGAAGGUGCCGCGCCGGGUGGAGUCGUUGGCGAUGUACUGGAGGGUCACCUUCUUGCGAGCCAUUGCCGGCAAGGGAUAAGCCAAGAGAAGGGAAGGAAAGUUGUUGAUUUGGGCGAGGGUGGAGGGGUGGAUUUAUAG